AUGAAGGCCUCGUCACAACUGUCCACGACCUCUCUCGAAGCCAAGGUCGCGCGCCAGGACGACAUGAUCCAAGACCUUGUGCGACUGAGUCGCAUGCAGAACAGCGAGAUCAACGCGAUCCUGCAGCAGCAAACCAGGCAAGACAAGGGCAUCGUCGUCCUGAACGACCAGGCAGCAGCCGACGCGAACGAGGGGAAAGCGUCCGAUCCAGACUUGAUAGCAUUUCUGACGGCCAAGGUGGACGCCCUCGACGGCAAGCUGCGUGAUUACAAGCACCUGCAGCAGGCGACUGAGAUUUUGCAGCGACAAAUGGGUUCCUUGGAAGCCAAGAUUGACUCCCUACGUAACCAGAUGCGUUUAAACAACAAACCGAACGAGGCAAACGGCGUCAAUACAGAGGAGCUUCAAUCAUGCACCGAAAGAAAUGCCAAAGGACAGAUCUCCAUGCAAUAUCAGGUCGAAAAGCUCGCAGAUACGCUGAACAGGGGAAACAUAACGAGCGAGCAGAGAUCCGAUAUACAACACCAACAGACAGUCCCUGGUCAUGAGCCAAAGAUAUCGAACGACAUGCAGAUGAAACUCGAAAGGAACAGCACCGAAUCAGCGCACCGUGCUCGCAGCAUCCCAACCGAGGCCGAUACUUACGGCUUUGCAAGCCUUAACCUCAAUACACCCAGCCACUUUUCUGACUCCCAUCCAAGUGGCAAAGAGCUUCGGGACGAGUUCUCUUUCGACAACAACCACCGCCAGCUCGCUUCGCCGGAUGGUAAGACUAACCAGGAAGACUGCUACAGCAAAGACAUACUCAAUCUGAAAAUACGACUGUCAUAUGCUGAGAAACUCAUUGGCGCCCGCUAUCGCACCGGCACCUUCACCAUUCGCGGCCGUUCAUUCUUCCAGGACGCAACCGCUCUACGCUACAUUGCGACAGACCAGCACGCUCGCGACACAUUCAAAAUGUUCUACGGAAACAGAUUACACGCCAUUCACUACGUUGACGUCGCGCCGCCCGUUGUCCUUGCAGCCUUUGACAUAGUUGCUCGCGUGCGCUGCCGGCACGAAAUGUGGACAGACGACAAACUCGAGGUAAAACGGCAAAUCCGCUGUGCUGCUGAGAAGAUUGUUGAUGGCUGGAUCAAGUCUCUCCCCUUGCGUGAGAGUGAUGAGUAUGGUUUGGAUGUUCUGUCUCGCCGGCUGCAGAAACAGUUCAAUCUGUUGAAAAUUCUCUGUUACCGUAACUCUGUCGAGUUUGAUUUUGUGCUGCCAGCAGUCUAG